AUGAAAGCCGCUAAGUUUAGAAAGCAAAGUCCCAGAACUACCAUCAACUGGGAUCUCUUCGCUACGCUAGCCGGCUUUUGGGAAGAUUCCGCAAUGGACAACAUCGACGAGGAAUAUGACCGGCUCUUUGAACACCUUCACGACUGCGCGAAGAAGGCUGAGAGUUCUAAAAUCACCAAGAGACGCCUGUCUCUUGAAACUCUUGAGCUGAUACGCCAGCGUGGAGCAGCACGAGCCGCAGGGAACCAAGAACUCACGUUCGUGCUCGCAAUGCUUUGCAGAGAGGCGAUAAAGGAAGACCAUAAAGAGAGAAGAGCAGAAGUGCUGGCUGAAGCUGCAGAGGCGGGGAAAAGCAUCCACUAUGCCCGUCGAGACUUCGCCAGUCGCAAGACAAGGACGACUGCUCUCCGGAGCCCGGAGGGAACAACAGUUGCAUCGAUAAGGGAGAUGGAGAAAAUCAUCUACGAUUUCUACUUUGAUCUCUUUGACAGCCAUGUCCACUUGCCUGCUCACCAUCUGAGGGAGGACAUGUCACUCCAGAGGUUCUCCCGUCCGAAAUACGGCAUGCUAUCAUGUCGAUAA